CAGGGCUCUUUAGCGCGCAGUGACAUGUUCUAUAUAUAGCAUCCGGAUAAGGAUAGAAUUUCGCACUUGGAUGAAUGGAUUAGCUCCUGUUCCUUCAGCAACCCAAGGGAAUAAAAUAAAUGUUGAAAAAGUUGAUGUAACAUAUGAAAAAAAGAGUCCCGUGAAAGCAUAUACUGUGAUUAACCUGUGGAAAACAUUCUUUUUAACGCACAUGUGACAUUACAAUGGAAGAAUCAAAUCCAAUCUCAGUUGCCAUCUUGACUUUGUUAACUUUUGUGUCACUUGCUUUGACUGGUUACGUUACUCUGUACUGCUACACUCAUUUUAAAUCAAAAAGCAAGACCAGAAUUGAGCUGCCACAAGGCCAUUGGUUGGACAAUGAAAGAAAACCAUUGAUCCCUGGUAAUUUUCAUGCCGAAACUGUUCAACCAAACCUAUCAAAUUUCAAUGACCUUGAUGAGGAUUCAAUAGAUGAAACUGAUACUCAUUCUAAAGAACGAGAUUUCACAAAGCUGGGAAGAAUUAUCUUUGUGAUGCGGUACAACAGAAAAAGAGAAGAGUUGAUGGUCCGAUUGGUGCAGAUUGAGGGUAUGCCAGUCAGUCACGACCUGUAUACUUCAAACUCCGCUUAUGUUGAUGUGCAACUGAAAUACACAGGUAACCCAGACUGCGGUGGAACUGAAGUACAAAAACCACCCAGAUUGGAUAUAUGUCUGCAACAAGUGUACUACUUCAUUAUCACCAGAGAGCAGAUGAUGUCUCAUUCACUGGAAUUUCAAGUUAAUACGUUCGAUGAUCAGUUCAGAAGAUAUGUUUCUGGAAUGGUGGAAGUGAAUCUGCGAGAGGAGAUGGGUGAUGAUAUUUUAAGCGGUGCAGAAGUAGUCUUUGUGAAAGAAAUAUUGGAACCAAUGAGGGCUUCAGAUGACCAAAACUUAGACGAAGAAGAGUAUAACUCUAAUGAACUCACGCAAAAGGAGAUUUUUGAUAACGUGGCUACAACAUCACGACCCUCAUCACGUGCGUCGUCAAAUAUGUCUUGGGAGCCAGAAUCCAAAGAGCUAUUAACUUUAAGUACGAACUCGUUGUAUUUCCGGUGUACCAGUGAGCAGGAUUUAACGUUGAAUCCUCUGACGGACUAUAAGCGUUCACAUAGUAUUGGAUAUUUAGCAACACACGAGUGGACGAUAUGUGAUAUUCCGCUAGACGACGAGAACGAAGUUAAAGCAACGUCGCCAACAGAUAAUACCGACGCGAAAUUGCAGCCUAACAAAGUCGAGAACAUGCAUCCGACACCAGAGUCGUUUUAUCAUAUCGUUCCAAUGACCCCAUUGGUGACGAAAGACACUAAAUCCGAGUUAGAAACAAAUUUACGUAGAUUUGCGUUUAAGAAACACCCGAAAAGAAAACAGUUAGGUCGUUCGUUAACGAUAAAUAAACGAUCGACGGCGAAAAAAGCGUCGAGAUUACCGAGCGCAACACACGCGUUGGACCGAUCUUCGUCGUGGCCGUCUUUAGUGACAGCAGACAUUGAUAGCAGUACGGAAGUAUCACCCGAACAUCAGUUCGGAAUGUUUUUCACGUGAUAACCCAACUGUCACUUAGUGAGAUAUGUCUGGGGUAUGACUCUGUAUACGAGCUAUCUUCCAAUGAAAAUCGCUUUUUGUUAA